AUGAGUAGGCAUUAGUAUACCAGUAUAACUGUACAUAUCAGUUAGUUACAGCUACGGUAUACUGUUCUAAAAUUAUCUGUUUAUUAGAUUUUAAUAUUAAACAAUACUGGAGUAAUAAUAUUAAGUAAUAUAAUAAUGUAAUGUUCAAUUAUUCUGUUAAUACGCAAAGUUAUGAUUGUUUUUUACGCGUUGUUAUCGUUAUCAUUAAUAAUGAUCUCCAUCGGCCAAAUAGAGCUUACUGCAUUAAUUAACAAUGAAUCUCCUGUUGUCCAUAAGAACACUGUUAAAACUGUGGCAGUUUUCCAUGAAAAUGAAGAUCCAACUAAUCGAUUGGCAUAUAUCGUUAGUGCCAAGACAAUAAACAUUAUGGAUACAAUUUUGCCGAGGACUAAUAUCUUACCUACUUCGCAACAUGUUAUGUAUGAUAUGUAUAAUGUAACUCAAGCUGUUUGUGAUUCAAUGUCAUUUGGUAUUGCUUCUUUCAUUGGAGGUACUUAUGAAGAAAAUACCGAAAAUGUUAUUAGAUCAAUAAGUUCACGUGCUCAAAUUCCAUUUAUUGAAACUCAUUGGAAGACAUCUCCACGACCUCCAGACGCAUUUACCAUCAGCCUUUUUCCAGAACCUUUACUCUUAGCAAAAGCCAUUAAGGACAUCAUAGAAGACAUGGAUUGGUCAUCAUUUACUAUUAUCUAUGAUCGGCCUGAAAAAUUAAUUCAAUUGAAAGCAUUAUUGGAAUCAAAUGAAUAUGGUCGAACUUCUUCUUCGAAUGCUAUAAAAGUAAAACAAAUGAAGUCUACAGAAGACUUUCGGCCAUUAUUUAAAGAGCUAAAAGAGUUUGGCGAAAAACACAUUGUGUUAGAUAUUGAUGAUGAUUUCAUUAUCUCUGUUUUGAAACAAGCCAAAGAAGUAGAGUUUAUGGGAGAUUACCAAAGCUACGUUAUAACAAAUAUGGACGCGCACACAUUAAAUUUUGAAGAUUUUCGUCACGUCAAAUCGAACAUUACAUUAAUUCGAAUGAUUGAUCCGGAAAAUCCUCUAGUUACAAAUGCUGUUAACGAGAUGAUUUUUAAUGAACAACGAAAAGGGCGAUCAAUAGCUUUGACACCACAGACAAUUAAGACACAAACAGCAUUGAUUUAUGAUGCUGUACAUUUUUUUGCCACCUCUUUACAUGGUUUAGUAUCCACACAGUCUAUGAAAUCUCAACAAAUAUUUUGUAAAGAUAUGAAGCCUUGGAUAUAUGGUUUUAGUUUGAUACAUUAUAUGCGUGUAAUAGAACUAGAAGGUCUGACUGGAAAAAUGAGAUUUGAUAACAUCACUGGUAAUAGAAUUUACUUUAAACUGGAUGUUAUCAAAAUAAAUGACUUAGGGUUUCAACAUUUGGGAUCAUGGGAUCCUGAUCAAGGUAUGUCAUAUACUAGAUCGGCCUCUGAAGUCUAUUCAGAGUUUGCACAGUCCAUAAGUAACAAGACUUUUGUAGUAGUUGGUAAAAUCGGAGAUCCAUAUUUGAUGAGAUGUAAUGGAACAAAAAUGAAUGAACUAGAUGUAAGUGAUGAGUGUUUUCAUGGAUUUGCUUACGAAUUGAUUGCAGAAAUAGCUAUUUACAAUAAAUUCAAAUUUAAAUUUGUUCCUAAUCCCGAAUUAGGAAAAUUACAAAGUUCUGGUAAAUGGAAUGGAAUAAUUGGAGAUUUACAAUCUAUGAAAGCAGAUUUAGCUAUAUGUGAUUUGACAAUUAACUUUGAUCGAAGAUCAGUGGUAGAUUUUACUACACCAUUUAUGACUUUGGGUAUAAGUAUACUUUAUGCAAAACCCGAUAAGAAAAAGCCUCAACUUUUCUGGUUUCUUAACCCGUUGUCUUUUAACGUCUGGAUAUACACAGCCACAGCUUAUUUAGGCGUUUCCUUAAUUCUAUUUAUAUUGGCCAGAAUAACACCAUCUGAAUGGGACGGCCCGCCACCAAACAAACAAGAUGACGAUACGUUGGAAAAUUCUAUGUCACUAGUCAACUGUCUACUAUUCGCAAUCGGUUCAGUGUUAUGCGCUGGAAGCGAAAUCUUACCCAAAGCGGUGUCCACAAGACUGGUAGCGAGCAUGUGGUGGUUUUUUGCAUUGAUUAUGACUUCAUCAUAUACAGCUAAUUUAGCAGCUUCUAUAACAAGUGGUCGUUUAGAUACACCAAUAAAGAAUGUGGACGAUCUGUCAAAGGAUCCGGAUAUCGAGUAUGGGUGUUUCAAAGAUGGAUCCACUGCUAGGUUUUUUCAGACAUCUAAUGUUAGUUUGUAUCAAAGAAUGUGGAGUGUAAUGGAAUCAUCAGAUCCUUCUGUAUUUACCAAUGGCAAUCAAGAAGGAGUAGAUCGCGUAUUAAAAGGCAAAGGUCGUUAUGCAUUUUUAAUGGAAUCAGCUACUAUUGAAUAUCAGACGGAACGUCAUUGUAAUCUAAUGCAAGUCGGUAAUACGUUGGACUCGAAGGGUUACGGUAUCGCAAUGCCUAUCAAUUCGCCUUACCGGACGCUAAUAAGUGAGUCAGUGUUAAGAUUGCAAGAAUUAGGAUUUCUCAGAGACCUCAAAGAUAAGUGGUGGUUAGUUAAAGGAGACAAAAAAUGCGAGGAAGAAGUAGAAAGCGACGAAUUAGGAUUUGCAAAAAUUGGAGGAGUAUUCGUAGUUCUUAUUUUUGGUUGCCUGAUUGCGUUUUUGUUUUCAAUUUUGGAAUUCUUGUGGAAUAUACGAAAAGUAGCAUUAGAAGAACAGCUUACACCUAAAGAAGCAUUUAUUUUGGAAUGGAAAUUCGCUAUUAAGUGCAAUGGUGUGGUAAAACCGUUGAGGCGCCGUCAUGCUCUAUCCAAAUAUGAUAUAACCAACGCUGACGGUUAUAUAAAUAACAAAUCUUGAUAAUUUAAUGUCGUAAUUAAUAUUUUACACUUAAUAAUUAAUGUUUAUGACUUUCAGAAAAAGUUUAAAAACUUAAAGCAAAAAAUUAUUAAAAUAUAAAAAAAUUAUCUUUAAUAUAUAUUGUUGACAUUUUUCAAUGCAUAAAACUAUAUUAUCUCAAUACUCAGCACUAACCUAUUCUACUGCCCUAUGCAAAAAGUGAAAAAGCAAGUUGGCUGCCCUGGAUAUUUUUAAUUGACCUAUUUCAGUUUAUUUAAGAACUUUUCAAUUUUUGCUAGUCACAUCCCAAUUACAGAAAAA